AUGGCAAACAACAACAACAGAUCAAUUAAGGAUCAUGCUUUCCCUAGUUUUGAAGAUUUUAGACCAAGUAUUACAAGGCCUAGAGUGGAAGCGAAUAAUUUUGAGUUGAAGCCCUCAUUUUGUCAAAUGGUUCAACAAUCACAGUUUGGGGAGGGUCCUACUGAGAGUUCACAUGUACACCUCACACAUUUUCUUGAGAUUAGUGACAUGCCGAAGAUAAAUGGAGUAGAUGAUGCCAUCCGGUUAAGAUUAUUUCCUUUUUCUUUGAAGGAUCGUGCCAGGGAGUGGUUGCAUUCAUUACCUCCGGCAAUUAGAAGUAUAAUCUAUGCAUCUUCAGGAGGUGAUCUUAUGGAGAAGUCAGAAGAUGAAGCUUAUUCAGUAUUAGAUAGAAUUGCUUACAACAAUUAUUAA